ACUCCUAAACCGAGCAGGCCUGUAUAUAUUUAUAUUAAGAGGUUAACUUGUUUAUCGUGACAGGCACUUUCACUGUGUCGUUUACAUUUGCUUGAGUGGAUAGAAAAGCGUGUGCACGAAAAUGGAGUGCUUAAUCGGUAUUCAAUGCAAAGAUUUCGUGCUAGUUGCGGCGGAUAUGACAACCACACAGUCUAUUAUAGUUAUGAAAAGCGAUGAACACAAAAUCCACAAGAUCUCUAAUAAGCUUGUCAUGGCUAUAUCUGGAGAAUCAGGUGAUACUACACAGUUUUCAGAAUAUAUUGGAAAGAAUAUCCAGCUAUACAAGAUGCGAAACGGCUAUGAAUUAUCCCCUAAAGCUGCGGCGUGUUUCACAAGGAGAAAUUUAGCUGAUUAUCUUAGAAGCAGGACUCCAUACUUUGUCAAUAUGUUACUGGCUGGAUAUGACGACGAUUCAGGACCAGAAUUAUACUUUAUCGACUAUUUAGCAUCUUGUGUAAAAGUCCCUUAUGCGACUCAUGGAUAUGGCGGAAUGUUUUCUAUGUCUGUUUUAGACAGAUAUCACAAAUAUGAUUGCACCGAAGAGCAGGCAUAUACGUUAUUGAAGAAAUGCGUUCAAGAAAUUCAGAAGCGAUUAAUUGUUAAUUUGCCAAAUUUCAAAGUUCAAAAGAUAUCUAAGAACGGAAUCAAAGAUAUGCAACCAAUCACUGCUGAAAACUUGGCUGUGGAAAGUGCUGCUAAAGUAUAAAGAAAAUUUUUUUUGUAGGAAAAUAUUUCCAUUAUAGAAAGAGAGAGAGAGAAAUAAAAGAUGUAAAAUUUGAUGAUAAAAUAA